AUGGCCGACGACCUGGAGAGACCCGUCGGACGCGGAGAUGGCGGCCGCGGUGCGGCGUACGACGCGGAGCCAGUCCUCAGAGAGAAGACGCCGGAAGAGAAGCUUCAGUAUAUGUCGAUGGAGUUAGCCGAUCGCAUGAACUCCAUGGAAGGAAACCGCAACGACCUCUUCUACUACUACUUGGAUGAGGAGCGCUAUGUGCCGGCCAGCGUCCUCUUGCUGGACAAGAGUCUUCGAAGGACCGCGUUCCGCGACGCGCCGGGGCUCGGCAGCCGCGCGCGGAACGCCUUGUGCUAUAUCCUGGCCGCGGCCGAGGCACACGAGGAUCUGGUGGUGAAGCGCGCUGGAGGGCGAAGCCUGGUGAGAAUGAACGCCAAGCAGCUUCCCAAGGUGGUCGAGGAGGCCAAGCGCGGCUACGAGGCUGCUGAAGCGGCUGCCGCGGCUGCUUCAGCCACCGAAGCGGCUGCUUCGGCCGCGGAAGCAGCUGCCCCAGCGGCGCCGAAAGUGGCACUCCCCGUCAUGGAGAUGGGCCAGCGGAAUUGCAAGGGCGAGCUGGGUCACGUGGUCUCCAAGCGCUUGGGCCGCUCCAUCGCCAAGGAAGAUGUGAGGUAUGAAGCGUCGAGGGUUGGGGACCACCCACCGAGCUACAGGGCGACGUGUACGGUGCUGGGAGAGAGCUACGAGAGCCGGUUGACCCACGGCAACAAGAAGGCGGCUGAACAGGAUUCAGCCUGCGUAGCACUGGAAGCCUUGGCGGCUUCAGCAGAGAAUCCAGGGAGCGCAGAUGGCACGACCGAUUUCAAGGGUCAAUUGUUGACCCUCUUCCAGACUUUGGGCAAGCGUGACCAAGUUCUCUUUGAUGUCUACCGGGUGAACGAAGACUCCGAAGAGAAGUUCUUCCAGGCGAAGGUUAAGGUGCCAAUUGAAGGUCAAGAACCCUUUGUGGCUGUAGGGCGAGCCAUGUCGCGCAGUGACUUCGAGUCCUCCGAAAAGACCCGCCGCGCCGCGCAGCAGGACGCCGCGCGGGCGGCGCUGGAGGUGCUGCAGGACCGACCCCCCCCCGGUGCGAGCGGCCCGGCGGUCUCGGUGGAGCGGCCGCCCGAGACGCCGAAGCCGGAGGUGCAGGAAGUGGUGAUUCUGUGGCUACCUCAAGACCCAUCGGAGAUGGUGAGCUUCCGAAAGGUGCAGGUGGUGAGCGACGACUUUCUGGCGGCGACCGAGGAACUUCUGGGCGAGGCGGUCGCUCACCCCCUGAGCUGGUUGGGGAAUCGCCCCAAAGGCCUGAGCCUCUACGAAGCGGUGGAACCACCGGUGUGCUCGGUGAACGCGAGGGCCACAGCCUUGGCCGGUCUGGAGGUCUAUGGGGAGUCCUUCCUGAUGGACGCGAGCGCACAUUCCCGCGGGGCGGUGCUGGCGGACAUGACGCUCGCGCGCUAUGAGUAUCUCAAGGCGAAUAUGUCUGGCCAUUUGUCCGGCCCUGUGGCGGAUUUGAAUCAAAUGCGGAGCAUGUUGCUUUGUGGUCAUCCCAAGCUACCAGAGAAGUACUCUGCCGAGACCUGGGUGGGGCAAAACCCCAAGGCAUUGCUCAUCGACGUGGCGCGGCGGAGGGGCUUCGCUCCACCCCAGCUGGAGGUCUCAUUCUACCACCAUGAAGAUCUGCCACAGGGGCGGAACUGGUUUCGCGCCAGCGCCACGAUCACGAAAGAGGAUGAUCAGAAGUGGGAUUAUGGCGAUCCCUCCACCAACAAGAUGGACACUCAGCAGGAUGCAUCACUGAAAGUACUUCAUCAACUUCAGAGUGAGGACCAGGAGCAGGGGAAGCGUUGGCAGCAUCCUUUGGUGCCCACUGUGGUGAAAGCCAUCUCGGACCACGUAGAGCGGACCGCGGCGCGGAAACCGCGACGGAGCUUCGUCCGUGGCAGCAAGGUAGUUUGCAGCUACUCCAUCAAGUUGAUGAAGGCGACCGCGACAGCGAAUGUCGCGGUGGAGAUGUUGCUCGAAAAGCAAGAACGGCUCACUGCCGCGGUGACGGGCCGGAUCCUACACCCCAUGCUGCAGGACUUGCUCGAGACACUGCCCAUGGGUGAGGAGGUGGUUUUGAGGACACCGUGCCACUACGAGCAAAUUGCCUGCGACUUGGAGCUGCGCGCGCAGCUGCUCGAGCUGCAACUGCCACCCGAACCAGAGCCACCAAAGAAAGUGAUCAAGUUCAGCCCUCCCUUGUGGAAGCAGCGUCAAGCCUUCAUUGUGCAAGCCUUGCUUGCGCGCUGUGUCAAGAGUGUCCUAGACCUCGGUUGUGGAGACGGGAAGCUUCUGGAGGCCUUGUUGCCGUUGGGUUUUGAGCGCCUGGUGGGCUUGGAGCUCUCUGAGCACCGGACGAAGGACGCCCGUCAGCGCCUCGCAGCGGCCGCCCACGGAGCUGCCAACGGCGCCGCCGCGUGGACCGUGCUGUCCGGGGACUUUGUGGCGCCGGAAGAUGAAGGAGAGCAGGCUCCUUGGAUCUUGGAGGCUGCUGGCAUCGAAGGGAUCGUCCUUUGCGAGGUGCUGGAGCACCUGCCGGAGCCCUCCAUGCCGCGGCUGCCACAGGCCCUGUUCUGUUUACAACCACAAGUGGUCAUCGUCACCAGCCCCAAUGCGGACUUCGGAGAUAGCAGUGACGAGGAGGACGAGGUGCCCGUGGGUGGUGCGCACCUGCGGGCCUUCCGGCAUUCAGACCACGAGCGCGAGUGGACGCGCGAAGAGUUCCGAGCGUGGUCGGAGACGGUGGCCGAGCAGCAUGGUUACUGGAUCUCUGAAUUGGGCGGCGUGGGCUUCCUCCCCGAGAUGGAAGCCCAUGGUCCCUGCACUCAGUUAUGUAUCUUCGAGCGAAAGGAGGUCGAGGAGACGCCCGCCACGGAGCCCCCGGUGGACACCGCGGCGGCGGACACCGCGGCGGACGCGGAGGUGGAUGUGGAACUUCUGGUGUCCCAAGCCUUGAGAAGUGAGGAGCUCGGAGGCGCAGGGAGUGGCCUUUGGAAGUAUGUCCAUAGGGAAGGUACUGGAUCCCGACCCCCAGCACUUGCUCGAGUGAACUUGCAUUAUGCCAGCUACUUGUCCAAUGGUUCGUGCGUGGAGACCAGCCGCUGUAAGAAUCAUGAAACUCCCUGUGCCUUCCAACUGGGUGGACAGCAGGCCUUGCCCAGUUGGCAGUUGGCUGCUGCCUCGAUGCGGCCAGGGGAGGUGUGCUGGAUUUGCAGCCCUCCAAGCUAUGCGUAUGGACCACAGGGGGUGCCACGGAAAGUACCUGGCAAUGAGACCAUGUGGUUCUGCCUUGAGCUCAACUUUGCCAGAGCGCCCGGCACCGUGAAGUUCAGCAACGACUUGCAAGAGGCGAUGCUGGAAGCGGAGAAGCACAUGGAGGUGGGCCGCGACGCGCUCCGGCGCUGCGCCUUCGCGCAGGGCCGACAGGCCUUCCGGCGCGCGCGGGCGGCCAUGCCGGAGAAGCUGCUGUUGAAGCGGGGCCAGGAGGAUGUGGAUCGUUUUGCCACAUUGGACCGCGCGGCCUUGCUGAACCAGGCGUUGUGCUGCCUGAAGCUGGGCGACGCCGUCGCUCCCAAGGAAGCGGUGCAGCACUUCCGCGACGCCCGAGCCGCCUGCGACGAGCUUUUCGUCCGGCACGGGGAGAGCGGUGGAACGGUGGAGAACGAGGAGAACGAGGAGACCGAGGUGAAGAUUGCAGAGAAGAUGCCCCAGUUGCAGGUGAUGCUGCGAAGGGCUUCGCAGGAAGGUGCUUGGAAAGCCAAAGCCUUCUUCCGACGAGGCUUGGCCAAGGAGAAGUUGCAGUAUUUGGCAGACGCGAUCGAAGAUUUUGAGGCUGCUCAGCGCUUGGAGCCAGCGGACACCACGGUGGCCAAGCAGUUGAAGCAGUUGCGGUCACGGCAGAGGAAGGCGGAGCUGGACCCCGCGAAGAUGUUCAAAGGGAUCCUGCAGCGUGAGCGAGAGGAACGUGAGAAGGAGGAAGCUGCGGCGGACCUGGCUGCCCGCAAGCAGCGGCGCGAAGAGAGGCUGAAAGCACAAGCGGCACAAGCUGCAGAGGCAGCGGAAGAUGGGGAACCUAAGUCGACGCUGAACCGGCGGAGCAGCGCUGCUCCGAGCUCCGGAAGCGGACGAUCCUUCGGUGCGGUGCCUGGUGAAGAGGUUCUGAGAGAUUCUGAGAGAGACGCCGCCGGGUACUUCUGGCGCCUGGCCCUGGAGAUGGUCGCCGCACCACCGCCGGAGGACAUCGGCCCCGAAGAGGCUUUGCGGCGGAACGAGGCCUUGGUCUCCAACUUCUGGGAGCUGCGGCGGAGGGCGGAUAUUUACUACGCCGGAGGCCUUGGUCUUCGAGCCUAUUCGUACAUCCACUCCUAUAUCCAGGAGCCUUUCACCACACUGUUGCCGGAGCAUGUGUUUAAUUGCGCCUUGUGGAAUAUCCUGGCCUCCAGUGGUUUCUCUGCGCAGCCAGUCUCCAAUCUCCUCGCACAGGUGCAAGGGGGUCCAGAAGCAGAAGCAGCCUUCUUAGAGAAGUCCCGUGCGGAGUCCAGUGCUCAAGCGAAGGGUCACCUUCUCAAGGAGGUGCCGCUGGGCAUCAGUCGGGUCUACAUCCUUUACGCCUUGGCGAAGCAGUCUCAGAGCUUAGGAGCCUUCAAGCUCGCGAGGAUGGCGUACGACAAGCUGCAGGUGCUCAGAGUACCACCCACGUGGCAACAUCAGAUCGACCUGGCCUGCUUGUCCAUCCGCUCCAAGGCUUACAGUGAUCAGGAUGACUUGCUUCCAGUGUGCAAUUGGUGCAUGACCACCAAUCCACUGCUGCGUUCCAACUUGGACUCCUGCAUCAACUGCGGGCAUCCAUUCAUUCGGACCUUCCUGGGCUUCGACAUUUUACCACUGGUAGAGUUCCAGCCAGAGACCGAUAUCUCUCUCGAGGAGGCGCAAAGACUUAUCGCCCAAGAGCCCAAUCGGAAGUCCCAGAGUGCAGGGGACGGCUGGCACGAAAGCACCCGCGGCGGCGCGGAAGUGAUGUCCCUGCACGAGGCCAUCGACCGCCGAUUCGGGACACGGCGGUGCCGGGCACGGUGCGUUGCGCGGCACGGUGCGGGCCCAAAGGAGACCGGCACGCUGGUUUUGGGGCCCAGUGGUGAUGAUGGUGGCACGGAUCUCUUCGUUCAGAAGAUGUUAGAUGCCGCCAGCUAUUUCGUCCCUGGCGAGCCGUACCAGCCGGUGAAAAUCGAUCGCGAGACGCUGGCGGAUUUGAGGCCUGAGGAGGUGUACACCGCGGACUUCCGGCGCUUCAGCCCCUUGUUGCCGGUGCGCUUCUUCCGGUCGAUGAUCCCCGAGGCGCGGGUUCUUCCGCGGGUUCCGCGGGUUACGCGGAACCGGUUCUUGCAAGUCGCUCUCGAGACGACGGGCGACUCGUUCCGCGAACACUCCUCGCGCGACGCGGAAUCGCGCGUCGCUGGAAGCAGUUCCGGUCACAGAGACCAUCACAGGGACCAUCAGAUGGUGUUCGCGCACGUGCCCUACAACUUUGGACAUACCAUCGAGAAAGUGGCCUUCGCAGGAUCUGGCCAUGAGAGGUUGUACUUGGAAGGACAGCUCAUCGUGGAAGGGCUGACUCUUGAAGCCGACCAACGUGAGCUGCUGGAACGCUUGAAAGUGCCCGGAGGGGAGCUCUGGGGCCGAAUGAACCCUGAACUGCAUGAGAUCUCGAACAUCACGGGCUGCCCGAUGUAUUUUACCCCGGGCAAACAUUGGCCCACUGCCUUAGCCGAAGCCUACUUCGGAGACCACGAGCGCUUCGGAGUGCUCCGUGACCCCUACGAACGCCUGGUGGCGCAGUUCCGGGGCAGCUAUCCGGGUUACGGAGGCGAUUGGGGCCCGGAGCGCCUCACGUGCGAGGUGGAUACUGCGAUUAAGAAGAAGAUGCAAGGAAUCCUCUCCGGAGCCAUUGACCCCUACUCCGAGGAAUGCGCCUUCCUCCCGCAGGCGCAUUACUUUGAUGCACCAUAUGGCAUCACGCUGGCAGUGGACAAUCGGUACUUCCCGAAGACGGCCAACGAGCUCUUUGAAGAGUAUGGCUAUUCCAUGAGCAUUGCCACCAGUGACAUCUUGCACGUGGAGGGCUGUGAUGAGGUCUGGGCUGGCGACCUCAGCUGCGAGACCAAGAGCUUGGUUCGCCAGGUCUACGCGCGUGAUUUCGAGUUGCUUUGUCAACACUUCGGGUAUUGCGACCCGCACGAGAAUGUUUGCUUGACCUUGGUGCCACAAAUGGUGGAUGUCCGGAGUUCUCCUGUGCACUGCGAAGUACGCGAAUGGUGCACUGCGAAGUACGCAGCUGCAGCACAACUGCAGGGGAACUGCCACAAAGGGCAACGUCAAGACCGAGAAACUUGGGAGUUGGAGUUCCUUCAGAACAGAUGUUGCCCCUAUUGUGGCUCCAAAAAGGAGAUGCUGAUGCGGGCAGGUUAG